UAAAAGACGUCAGCUACCGAGCCACAGUCCAGGAAGUUGGAAGUUUCUUGUUACCCAAAGUACGACACAAGCUUCAACAACUCUCUAAACCAGAACCUAGUCAUAAACAGUAAAGAAAGAGAACGGAACUUAUUUUGUUCUCUUCUAAAGGAACGUUUCUUUUGGUGGACUAACUUUUUGCAAAUCAGCGAGCGAAAGUCAGGAAACGGUAGGACGCAGUUUCGCCAUACAUCACUUCUGAAGAUGCUAGCCUCAAGUCUUCCGUCUAAUUGUUGUACCAACGCCCACGAUGACCCAGCUCAUAGAGUGGACAAAUACCUGCAGAAACUGAUGGUUUCAGAUGAGAUUCUGAUGGAUUUGUCAGUGAGAUUCAGGAGAGAGAUGGACAAAGGCCUAUGUAGAGACACCAACCCCACGGCUGCUGUCAAGAUGCUGCCCACUUAUGUGCGCUCCACCCCCGAUGGAACAGAACAAGGGGAAUUCCUGGCGCUGGACCUUGGUGGAUCCAACUUCAGAGUUCUCCUGGUUAAAGUUAAGGGUAACGGAGAGCAAAAGGUGGAAAUGGAGAAUCAGAUCUAUGACAUUCCUGAGCAUGUCAUGAGAGGCAGCGGUUCAGAGCUAUUUGAUCACAUAGCUGAAUGUCUGGCUAAUUUCCUGGAGAAGAUGGGCAUAAAGGAUAAAAAGCUUCCUCUGGGCUUCACCUUCUCUUUUCCCUGUCAGCAAACCAAACUGGAUGAGGGUGAUCAGCUGUGAGCUUAUUUGUCGAUCAAACGUGGCAGAAGUGUUCAAGACACAAAUAUGCGUGAUGUUCUUGGAAUUUCUGCCAUUCUCGCGUCAGAUCCUUGCAUCCUGCUGGGUUAAUAGCCUUAACCUAUGAAAGUUUGUACACAUCUCAUCAUCUGUUUAAAUGACUAUCAUUUAAUUAAAAUUAGAUUUAAAGCUGAUUAUGAUUUAGACCUAUUUUUCACUAGUUCCUAUUAGUUUAGAAGAGGAAUAAACCUAUAAUUUAGUGCAAUUUUCUUGUGUUUUAUAAAUUUUGCACCCAGGUAAGGGUUAUAUUUAGCCUAUUUCAGGGGUCGGCAACCUUUUCCCAUCAAAGAGCCAUGAUUACCCGUUUCCCACAGUAAAGAAAACACUGGGAGCCGCAGCAGCUGCAGUGUUGUGGGUGGGCCUACCCAAUUGCUCUUGGGCCCACCCAAAGACAGCCCAGAGCUGCUUUAACUCAUGACAGCAGGUGACAGCAACCAAUAUCAUUCGCUCAUGUACCUCACAGUUAUCUUUCAACAGAAGACAAUUAAUAAAACAAUUAGUAUAAAAUUGAUCCAGAAGUUGUAGCCCAUCUCUGCCUACAGCAUUUAGAUAUUUUUCACCCUGCUGGUUUUAAUAGUUGGGCAGGUGCCACUUUUUGACGUGUCACAUGUCUCCUUUUAAAUUGUGUUUAAACUGUUCAGAAUACAAAUCCUGGCUCUUUCUCGUUGGAUUGUUGUAAUUAAACUUAGUACAGAACGAAACUUUACAUGAAACAAUGUUGAAAAGGAAAGAAAAUGAUCCGAUCAAUUAGUUUUUUUCCCUCAUUUACAGUGACGGAGAUAAUGGCGCAGUGUGCAUGGCUCUGGUGUUAAUCAAGUUUAAUGCUCCUGUUUGCAACAAUCUUCACAAGAUGGCAAAACAGUUAUAUGGCGGGAUUCGCAGUGACCAGAUAUUUCCCGUAUUUGAUUGUUUAUUUUGAUGUAGAAACCUCAAGCCUGCAGAUGUGCUGACAUUUUAAUCGUUAUGCACAUUGCGGAGGUAGCAACUUCAAUCAAGAAAAAAUUCCCAUCAGGACAUCUGAGCUGGACACUGAGCUCAGCGGAGCUCACAGUCAGCGCACACGUAAGUUGAGCAGCGAGCUGAAGAUGUGUAGAUCAGGGGCUUGGAGCGAGUCGCAGAACCAGAGCGCAUGCAGGAAGAUUUUUCUCACUGAAGCGAGUGUUUUCCAAACCCUGUCUGUCACUUAGAAAAUGUUCCCUGAUUAUGAAACUUUGGCUGAAUAGCGCUUGUUCCUGUUUCCAAUGUGGCGACGCCACGACGCAUCCAUGAGCCUGUUUGAGGACAAGUCUAGAAUCUCAUGUCCUCUUCAGCUCAGAAAGCUCCUAUAGAGACAUCUGGUUACGCACCAGCAGGUGACCUGUCAACCGCUGAACCUGUUCAGGUUUACGUGGACAAUCUUUACAUUUAGAAUUGGCAUACAGAUAAAAAAUGAAUGCAGUAAAAUAAAAUUUAUUUUAAUUAAAUAAUCAUUAAUUAUUUUACAUGCAGAUUCAUCAGAUGGAUGAAAGAGCCGCAUAUGGCUCAAGAGCCGCAUAUGGCUCUAGAGCCGCGGGUUGCUGACCCCUGGCCUAUUUACUCUGCUUUAAAACGAUUGCCUCAAUGCUUGAGUGUCAACGGAUACAAAUAAAGUAAAUCCAACAUCUCCUUGGGCGUGUCACUGUUCUCACUAUUGUCUAUGUUUACACAUUUAGAGGAUCUGAGCAGAGCUCCACCCCCUGUUGUUUGGUAAUAGGUAGAAGACAAACUCGUCACUUUAUCCUGACAUUGUUAAGGAACCAAAAAAAUAAAAUAAAAUUAGCUCAAUCAUAUUCUUUAAAAUGAUGAUACUGCCUCCACUGCUGUGUGCUUCAACACAGGUACUUCAGCUUGUGAUGAGCUUUCACAAGGCCACAGAUGCUGCAGCUCUUCUUGUUAUCACUUUUAGUCAUCCACUGUCAGUUGCUUCUAUUUUCAGCAGUCAGAGUGGGCCUCGUUACACCACUGCUUCAGUUGAAUUAUUAUCUAUCAAAUGUACUCUCUAAACUACAGUCACAGUUUUUCCUUGAAUUUACAGUGACACAGCGCAACCUUUGCAUGGGAUUUAGUCCAGUCCAAGAUAGGGCUGGAUGAUAAUUUAAUAGUUCGGUAUAUCUAGCGAUAGACAUGUGGUGCGAUAGAUUAAAAAAAAACGGGUCGAUUAAACUUCGAUAAAAAAGUUUCCUUUUUUCAUUAUAACCUACCAUAUAAUACCAUAUUUAUAUAGUAUGUUUAAAAUGCAGCAUGGGAGCUGCCCAAAGUGCUGCACAGGCUAAACGAAACACAACCAAUCUAAGCAACUAAAACAGAAGAUAAAAAUACCUAUCAAAAGCAGAUAAAACAUGAGGAAUACUAAGAACACAUAAAACAAUAAAGUGGUCAAAAUUGUAAAUGACCUGUAUUUGAUAUAGCACCUUCUAGAGUCCUGGAACCCCCCAAGGCACUUUACAACACAGUCAUUCACCCAUUCAUACACACAUUCUCACGCUGGUGGAGAUGAGCUACGAUGUAGCCACAGCUGCCCUGGGGUGCACUGACAGAGGCGAGGCUGCCUAUCACUGGCGCCACCGGUCCCUCCGACCACCACCAGCAGGCAACGUGGGUUAAGUGUCUUACCCAAGGACACAACGACAGCGACAGACUGAGCGGGGCUCGAACCUGCAACCUUCCGAUUAUGGGACGAGCACUUAACUCCUGUGCCACGAGUCAAUAUCUAAAAGGCACAUCGUAAAAGUGGGUCUUUAAAUGAGAUUUAAAAACCGCCAAUGAUGGAGCCUGUCAAACUUUAAUGGGUAACGAGUUCCACAGCUUUGGGGCAGCAUGUACAAAUGCUCGUUCACCCCUUGAUUUGUAUCGCAUCUGGGAUGUGCACAGCACCAGGAGGUCAGCCGACCACAAUGUGAUGCCAGCCAGCCCUUUACAUCAUCAGGCAACCAAUUGCGAGCCCGCAUUCUUCUCAUCCAUUGCUUUAUAUAAUUGACAGUCAUCAGCAUAAAUGUGAUAGCUCAGGCUGUGCUGAUUCAGGAUUUUGCCCAGAGGCAAAAGGUAGAUAGAAAACAGCAAUGGCCUGAGAACAGAGCCUUGUGGCACCCCGAAGACAGUGGGAGACGGGAGGAUGCACAGUCACCAAUCUGGACAGAGAUGGAUCGGUUGGAUAGGUAGGAGCGGAACCAUUUAUGUCGCCCCAACCCAAGACCCAAGCUCGUCCAAUAAAAUAUGGUGAUUGACAGUAUCAAAAGCUGCUGAAAGGUCCAGCUGGAGCAGCAGUACCCUAGACCCAGAGUUGGAUGCUACCAGAAUGUCAUUUAGCACCCUAAUCAAAGCAGACUUAGUGCUAUGGUGUGGUCUGAAGGUGGACUGAAACACAUCCAACAAUGAGUUGAUGUUCGUAUGAGCAGAGAUCUGACCGUGAACGAUUUUCUCAAGGACCUUUGAGAGGAACGGGACUUUUGAUAUAGGGCAGAAGUUCUCAUAAAUGGAGUGAUCCAGACCAGAAUUCUUCAAUAUCGGCUGAACAACGACAUCUUUAAAAACCUUAGGGUGAGCCUCAGCACUGGAGUGUUCCCUAUCAGGUAGCAGCAUACUAGACUCACUACUUACUCCUAACCAAUCAAAACCACCGACUCGGGCACGGUACGUCACCAGGCCCUCCCUUCUCAAGCCAAAACAGAGCAUUAGGCAGCCGCAGCAAAAUGUCUAGGGCUGCCAUGAUUAGUCGACUCGUUACGAUGAUGCUGACAAAUAAAAUAGACCUUAUUUUAUUUUUAAAAAAAAUUUAAUCUUGCCUGCUGCAGCACAUUUGGCCUUUGCUUUCUGCCUUUCUGCUCAGCCACCGCUUUAGGUCCGAGGCACAUUCGCAGUGGUGGCCAUCCAGCUCAGCUUUCACCGGAGAAUGUGGCGAGUCGCAACUUAGCUGAAAAGAUUGGGAACGUUAUCCAAAUUCAAAAGAAAGGUCCGUGGAAUGCAAACUCUGCAAAGCGAAACUCUCCUUUCACGGGAGCACAUCGGCAAUGAAUGAGUAUCUUGAGAGGAAGAACAAAGAGUCACAUCGAUAAGUUUACCUCUUGUUAGCUGCUAACAUCAACAGAGAGUUACUUGUAUUUAUAGCUGUAGCAACACCAGUAGUGGUGGUGAUGUUAUUACCUUUAGAACACAUUUGUAUGUCACAUAUUUUUGCUCUAAUUACAAACGCUAAUGAUUUAUUUCAUCCCGCAUAAUUACAGUGUUCAUAAAAGUGCUCCUCGUCAAUGGACAAGUUUGUUACGUGCACACCUCAGCAAGUUAAUGUCCUGACCGAGGCCAUUGUGAGCAAGUUGGUCACGAGACUCCUGUCCAUGGUCAGUGACUUGAUGCAAUUAGCUGGGUUCCUUAUAUAGGAAACUUUUUUCUGAUUGGCUUAAUGAACAGACCUUUUGUUGGAAUACCAUGUGAAGUGCCUUGAGACGACUCUUGUCGUGAUUUGGCGCUAUAUAAAUACACUUAAAUUGAAUUGAAUGGUCGGUAUCAAGGUUUCAAAGAGAUGAUCAAGCAGCUCAACCCAGGAUACCACAACAACAAUGACAACUAUCUACCAGGCUGAUCCCAUUUCGCCACCAUGAUGGAAAAGAAGAACUAAACAACUUUUAAGGUGUGUGUCUGUGUGUGUGUGUGUGUGUGUGUGUGUGCGUGUGCGUG